UAUUUUUUUUUCAUUUUUUUUUUUCGAAAAGAAAAAAUUGUUAUCUUUAGUCAAAGAAAAUAAAAAAAAGUUAGUUCGGUCAUGAGCUCUUCACCUUGCACCUCAGUUAUUCAUGACCAUGACCGUUAUGGCAUAGACGACAUGUAAGAUGCAAAACUAAUGUAAAUUCAGAAUCGAGUGGUUCAAAUAACGUUCUCCCCUCAUUGUUAUUCUUUGUUAUAGAGAAAGAGCUAGCUCACAACCCUCAGUAGUUUCUUUUGGAAAUACAUAUCAAGAUAUGCAACAAUUUGACCACUUUGAAUAUGAAUAUCAUGCCAUGUUACUGCGUGAGCUACCACCACUUGUCCCUCAACACCCUUCUACACCUUCUCGUGUCGGUGUGAUACCCUCCAGUAUUAAGCGAACACCUCUUAUACCUCCUACAACACACGAAACCACCACAUUGACACAUAUACUCGAGCCUAUUGCCGAUAACUCGCCCAAAACAGCACCUAAUCUAUCUGUUUUUUCAGGUCCUCACUAUUUACCCGAAAAAUAUUCAAUUAAGCCACUGACCACAUUUCGUCAAGCUUAUUUUACGCCUCAGUACAAGACCGAUUCACCGUCUAGAUACUAUGUAUCACCGCAUGUCAAUCAAUAUUUUCAGGCUGCUUUACAAGACGGCUCUUAUUUCGAAUCCUAUUCAGAUUAUAAACCUCAAGAUCCAGUCAAUUUCAGACAUGCCUAUAACUUACAGCAGCCAAGAAAUAGUCUCGAUGUAGCUCAUGUUGAUAGAGAACUCCCAAAGAGACCUAUACGUUCAUCCAAUCCACCCGAACAAUUACCUAGACGCAUGCCUCCAGUACGUAAAUGGCAUCAGCCAAUAAACGUUUCUAGUCCCAGCAGUAGCGAAGAUGAUAGCGAACCCUCUGUGAUUUAUGCCAGCAGCAGCAGCAACAACAACAACAACAACAACAACAACAACAGCAAACACAACCACAACCACAACAGCCACAACAACAAUGUCACCACACAUUCUAAGAAAGGAAAGGAAAAGGAAAUCGUCCCAUCACCGUCUCCAUCGCAAUCACAAACAGCCGUAACAACGAUAAAUAAACCUUCAGGAAAUGUAUCUACCAGUGAAGAAUCUUCGGACGAUGAAUCCGAAUCUUCCUCCAGUGAAUCGGAAAUCAUGCCCGUCAUUGCACCGGCGAAAAAAUCCGUUCUACCUCAAAAACGUAAACAACCAAACCCUUCUUCCCCUAUCUCGGAGGCUGCCACCAAAAAGAAACGGUUCGAUUCCAUUGUGCCUUCAACACAGGAAGCGAUCGAAGAACUCCGACAAGUAGGCAAAUUUAUAAAAGGAUGGACCCAUAAAGAUGCUGAAGUCUGUUGUGUAUGUUUCGAAGAUGUUACAACGCCGUUAAAUCCACUCGUGUAUUGCGACAAUGCUUUGUGUGAAGUGAUUGUGCAUAAAAAUUGUUAUAGAAUUAGAAAUAAUAUUGCAAAUGCUGAUCAUUGGUAUUGCGAUCGCUGUCGACCUGUGGAUGGAGUGUCAGUGUAUCGUAGUGUGGUAUGUGUGGUCUGUCCAAAUUUGACAGGAGCAUUCUGUAAAUUAGAAAAGCCCUUCCAUGGCAUAGGAUGGGUUCAUAUGAUUUGUGCAAAGAUGUUGACAGGGCCAGGGGGGUUUACAUAUCAAGCCAAGACACACGAAUAUCGCAUGACAUUUCGACACCAUAUUCCAAUCCAACGAUUUAUGGGUAGCUGUGUGUUCUGUGAUGAUCCCAUGUUUGCAGAGUUUGGAGCCAAGCUUAAAUGUCAAUAUUGUCCAAAGUCUUUCCAUGUUACUUGUGCCGAAAAGUUUGGAUACUGGUGCUUUGAUGAAAAUGCAACGUUAGCGUGCGCUGAUCAUGCUAUUUUGACUACCACCAAAUCGUCACCGAAACGCUUAGCUAUCGCAUUUGAGAAAUGGGUGACGAAGCGAAAUCUAUUCUUUAUGGAUAAAUUUGAAAUUUCACCACAUAUGCAGAAAGUCAGCGUGUGGCAGAGAUUGAUUCAGAAAGUGCGCAGUGUAUCAAGUCCAACACCAGCCAUCGAUGAUAUGGAUCGAUCCUAUCAUAAGUUCUUUGAUCGCGUUCAAUCUAUUCGUAUAUCCGACACCAAAAAACACUACAUAGAAUAUGUGAAAUAUCUUUUGCUCGAAUUCUGCAAAAGUUAUUCUUCUUCUACGUUAAUGAAUGUCAAUGGUCUGUUUUUGAAAAAGAAUUUUUAUCAUAGUGCCCAAUAUGGCUACGUACCACCAAAGAACGGUUUCACUAUCUGCAGUGAUGGCGGUGUCAGCGGUGGCCCAAAACAAAAAAAAGCAGCGACAGCAACAUUACCAGCAGCAGCUAGUAUGUCCAAAUUCGUCCUGCGCAAACCUGAUAUUCCAGCACCACCUCUUCCUCUUUCUCUUCCAUCACCACAGCCUGCAGCAUCCACAUCUGCACCACAGCCACAACCAAAGCCAAAAAAGGCACAAGAGCAGACCGUAGUUAUACCAUCACCCGACCUUAUUUGUUUCAUUUGUGGACAGCACGAAUUUCCUAAAGAAAAAUGGGACGCGUUUGAUUUUGACCCAGGCUAUGUCGAUCAUUUAGAAGCAACGGCGUACCAAAGAAAGGUUGGCCACACAGGUUCUGGUAAUUCUUGGGAUCCACGCGUCUUUAUUCAGUGUGCCGAGUGUAACCUCAAAGUACAUUGCGGGUGUCCUACGCCACCCAUUAAAAAAUAUCCCCAAAAAUUUCAAUCGUUUGUGUGUAUUCAAUGUGAUACAAAAGGUGAAGACUUAUCGCUUAAAAAUGAUUUUCAUCGACGUAGAGGCACUACUGGUAUAAACUAUAAAGUCUGACCUAUUUUUUUAAAUCACCGACCCCAAAUUUAUAAAAAUAAAGGAAAGUUCUCCCCAAACCUAUUUUUCUUUCCUUUCUAUUUACAACAACGAUAAUAAGCAAAAGUCCAGAACUUUUGGUGAAGCACCCGAACCAAAGAGUGCUUG